AUGACGGACCCUCUCUCGAUCACCUUUGGCGUAAUUGGCACGACCGCCGUUGCGCUGCAGACUGGUCGCAAGCUUAAAACAUUCAUUGAGAAUAUUGACAGAGCUCCAAAGGCCAUAGUCGACUUAUCAGACGAAGUGAGCGCUUUGAAUGAUAUACUCGCGGCGCUUCAAAGCGUCAUCUCGCAGGCAACUGGCACGAAGAAGGCUGCUACGGAACUUGUCUUCUUUUUCCUCAAUCAAAGUCUGCACAAUUGUGUCAAAGACUUGGACGCGCUCUCUGACAAGCUGAAGCCUUUUGUCAAAGCAACUUCGAAACCCAACAGAAGCAAGUGGCGGGGUUUUUUGUGGGCUUACCGCGAGAAGGAGUUUACUGAUACUAAAGCAAGCUUUACAAAUAAUGUGGCAGUCUCAUCAGAGCUCUCAGAGGUGCAUACCCGUAUCAGAAAGAUGCAGCACAAGAUCGAUAUUGACAGGGCUUCCAUAGCUGAUUCUAGCAUCUAUGGCUCAGAAUCGGGUCUUUCUGAUCACCAUUACGCCCUCAGAACGUUUCUUAUGGAAGCGGAGACGACGCUAACAGAAAUACCAGAUAAUGCUUCAAAACACAGAUUUAUGGGCUCGACACUAAACGAGGUGCCUCUGCAGUCUCAUACUAUCAUAUCUAGCUCAUCGGAGGCCUUUACAACAGCUAAUACGACGCUUGCGGUUGUACCAGAUGAUGCUUUAGACCAAAUUCCUAUACAGUCAUCAGUGAACGAUGUCCCAUUGCAAUCUCUCACUAUUGCACCUGGCCUUUCAGGGCUGAGAGAAAGGCUGUUCGAGUUCAUACACCAAGAGUAUCCCUGUAUUAAAGAUGGUUGUGUCAUUCCAUAUGUAGUAGCUGCGGCGGAAGCACAUGAUCCCCAAUUCUCAUUAGAAAGGCGGGAUUCACAUUCACUAUUCCUGGUGAAGGGUAAUCUGAUAUCUGAAGUCCAUCUUUACGGCUUUAAAGCGAAAUACCUCGUAGUACCCUAUACAAGGGAAGAGCGGACCCAUUUCGAAGCGCUCCAUGAUUACGUACCCUCGAAUGCGGGAACCCUUCAGUUUAGUCAAGGAGAUAUCCUUUCAAUCACAGAGCAGAUCGAGUCAGGCUGGAUUACGGGCUCAUUGUGCAAAAAUGCGGGAAAGUAUCCACGGGAAUACGUGCGGCCUUGUAAAUUUGGUCACUCAAAGUCGUUGCAUAUUUACGAUGCCCUCCGAGGAAAAUUUGUUCUUGGUUCGAGAAUUUCUUUGAGAUUUCAUUCUGCACUACGUGAGUACGAUCUCGGCUUCAAGAGAAGUUUGAUUGACUAUUUAGACGUAAAACUCAAGCACAGUCUAGUGUCCUCCACCGAGCUCGACGCUUGCAUACAAGGUCUCGGAGACGAGACCCGACUCUUCCUCCGCUUUCUUUACACGUCCGAUGAGGAACGCCCAAGGCUGUUCAGCGUCGAAGACAACAAUUUGCGAUUCUUGCAGCUUUCGGACAUAUAUCAAUGCGACGACACAGAGAUACCACAGCUCGUGACUCAUGCAAUUGGGAAGAUCGAAUCGAAUCUAAAUCGAGGACGGCUAUACUGUUCCAUAGAGGAGUCGCGCAAUGAGCUCUCAUCGCUACGUGAUAUCGAAUUCGAAGAUGUUUAUCCAACUCUGCGCAGACUAGCCGAAGAUGUUUCGUGGCCUCCAUUUGUCCUAAUGUACUUCUUCAGCUUAUUGGAACCGCCGAUCCUGAAUCUGCAUAUUCCUGACAGAGACCUUUAUCAGAUGAAUUCUACUGACAAAACUGGCGUCUGGAUCAUUCGCCGAGCUCUCCGCACACAUCUUGCCGAGAUGGAGACAAAGGCAUACCAGACAUUAAAAGUCCUGAUCCAGCAUUUGCGCCAUGUCUAUGCACUCGAUCAUACAGCCAAUCUUGCAGUACUGUGGGCGGCGGUGCUCUUAAGGCAGCCAUGGACCUGUGGAUGGCAUUCUGAAGUGUCUUGCGACCGGGUGGUAGAAGUGCUGCUACAAUACGAAGAUCUUAUACCACGGCGGCAGUGGUAA